CAGAGGAGGGUGAAGUGGGAGGAGUGAGAUGUGGGGAAGAGGAGAUGCCAAAAUUGACUUUCAGGCUCCGGAAGCCUACAGCUCUCAGCCUCCGCUGUUUUUGAGUUGCAAAUGAUCGGGGAGUGGUGGUUUGCAGGCAGCCCGUGACAUUGCCUGGAAGAAGACUUCCAUCUUUCAGUCACUAGUUCCAACGGGCCGUGUGUUCUGGAAGGGGGUGGCAGCAGGGAGGAGGAUGCUCUGAGCAGAGUUCUUGAAGCUCCGCUCUUGGGGGAAGCCGGGCUGUGUGGGAGCUUUCUGACUGAGCAGAGAGCGUGUGAAUUGGAAAGGAUCCUGAGAGCUGGCUGGUCCCAGUUCCUCUCCGGAAAAGCUGUCGCUCUCGCUUCAGAGAUGCGCCUAGCCUUCGCCUGCAUCACGCUGCAUAUUUUAACACAUUAUUGAAACUACAAACAUCCACAGCAGUUUCAUGUGGUCAGAUUGAAUAUGCUGAAAGCCUGAGCCAUUUCAUCAUGAAACACACUGUGUAGAAUAUUUGAAGCAAAUUUCUCUUCAAAACACCUGGAUAAGGAAUCCUUCCUCUGGUGUAUAAGGCACUUCUCACCUACAUCAUGACAAACCAGGAGAAAUGGGCCCAUCUCAGCCCCUCAGAGUUUUCUCAGCUUCAGAAAUACGCUGAAUAUUCUACAAAGAAAUUAAAGGACGUUCUUGAAGAAUUUCAUGGUAAUGGCGUGCUUGCAAAGUAUAAUCCUGAAGGGAAACAAGACAUUCUUAACCAAACCAUAGAUUUUGAAGGCUUCAAACUGUUCAUGAAGACCUUUCUGGAAGCUGACCUCCCAGAUGAUUUCACUGCACACCUAUUCAUGUCGUUCAGCAACAAAUUCCCCCAUUCCAGUCCAAAUGUAAAGAGCAAGCCUGCUCUCCUUUCAGGUGGUCUGAGAAUGAAUAAGGGUGCCAUCACCCCUCCGCGUUCUUCUCCAGCUAAUACAUGCUCCCCAGAAGUGAUCCACCUCAAGGACAUUGUCUGCUAUCUGUCUCUUCUUGAAAGAGGAAGACCUGAGGAUAAACUUGAGUUUAUGUUUCGUCUUUAUGACACAGAUGGAAAUGGCUUCCUGGACAGCUCGGAACUAGAAAAUAUCAUCAGCCAGAUGAUGCACGUUGCAGAGUACCUGGAAUGGGAUGUCACUGAACUUAACCCGAUCCUUCAUGAAAUGAUGGAAGAAAUUGACUAUGACCGUGAUGGCACUGUGUCUCUGGAGGAGUGGAUUCAAGGAGGAAUGACCACUAUUCCGCUUCUCGUGCUACUGGGCUUGGAAAGUAAUGUGAAGGAUGAUGGACAGCAUGUGUGGCGACUCAAGCACUUUAACAAGCCUGCCUACUGCAAUCUCUGUCUGAACAUGCUGAUUGGCGUGGGGAAGCAAGGCCUCUGCUGCUCCUUCUGCAAGUACACAGUCCAUGAGCGCUGUGUGGCCAGAGCCCCUCCAUCCUGCAUCAAGACAUAUGUGAAGUCCAAGAAGAACACAGAUGUCAUGCACCAUUAUUGGGUUGAAGGCAACUGCCCAACCAAGUGUGAUAAGUGCCACAAAACAGUUAAAUGUUACCAGGGCCUGACGGGGCUGCACUGUGUUUGGUGCCAGACCACACUGCACAAUAAGUGUGCUUCUCAUCUGAAGCCUGAAUGUGACUGUGGACCUCUGAAGGAUCAUAUUUUGCCACCCACCACAAUCUGUCCAGUGGUAUUGCAGACUAUGCCCACUGCAGGAGUUUCUGUUCCUGAGGAUAGACAAUCAACAGCUAAAAAGGAAAAGGGCAGCUCCCAGCAGCCAAAUAAAGUGACAGACAAGAACAAAAUGCAAAGAGCUAACUCUGUUACUAUGGAUGGACAAGGUUUGCAGAUCACUCCUGUUCCUGGCACACAUCCACUUCUAGUUUUUGUCAACCCCAAAAGUGGUGGGAAGCAAGGAGAACGAAUUUACAGAAAAUUCCAGUACCUACUAAAUCCUCGUCAGGUUUACAGUCUCUCUGGAAAUGGACCAAUGCCAGGGUUACACUUUUUCCGGGAUGUCCCUGACUUCAGAGUGUUAGCAUGCGGUGGAGAUGGGACUGUGGGCUGGAUUUUGGAUUGCAUAGAAAAGGCCAAUGUAGUCAAGCACCCUCCAGUUGCUAUUCUGCCUCUUGGGACUGGCAAUGACCUAGCAAGAUGCCUGCGAUGGGGUGGAGGCUAUGAAGGUGAAAAUUUGAUGAAAAUCCUAAAAGACAUUGAAAGCAGCACAGAAAUCAUGCUGGACAGGUGGAAGUUUGAAGUCAUACCCAAUGACAAAGAUGAGAAAGGAGACCCUGUGCCUUACAGCAUCAUCAAUAAUUAUUUUUCCAUUGGCGUGGAUGCUUCCAUUGCACACAGAUUCCAUAUCAUGAGAGAAAAGCACCCAGAGAAAUUCAACAGCCGAAUGAAGAACAAAUUUUGGUAUUUUGAGUUUGGAACAUCUGAAACCUUCUCAGCCACCUGCAAGAAGCUACAUGAAUCUGUAGAAAUAGAAUGUGAUGGAGUACAGAUAGACUUAAUAAACAUCUCUCUGGAAGGAAUUGCAAUUUUGAAUAUCCCAAGCAUGCAUGGAGGAUCUAAUCUUUGGGGAGAAUCUAAAAAAAAGAGAAGUCAUCGACGGAUCGAGAAAAAAGGCUCUGAAAAAAGACCCACACUCACGGAUGCCAAAGAGCUGAAGUUUGCAAGUCAAGAUCUAAGUGACCAGCUUCUAGAGGUUGUUGGCUUGGAAGGAGCAAUGGAAAUGGGCCAAAUAUACACAGGGCUGAAAAGUGCUGGUCGGCGGCUGGCUCAGUGCUCCUCUGUGGUUAUCAGGACAAACAAGUCGCUGCCAAUGCAGAUUGAUGGAGAGCCAUGGAUGCAGACCCCAUGCACUAUAAAAAUUACACACAAGAACCAAGCCCCAAUGCUGAUGGGCCCUCCCCCCAAAACUGGGUUGUUCUGCUCACUCAUCAAAAGAAGAAGAAACCGAAGCAAGGAGUGACCCCCCCAUCAGGAGAAAUUUGAAUAAUAUGGGCCAUGCAGCACUUUGAACC